CACAAAUUUCGUCAGCCAUUCAUGCCGUAUACCGCAUGUUUGUCACUUUGUCAUGCGCCCCUUGUAUAUUUACGAAUUGCGCUAGUCGACGGUGUUGUGUAAGGGGUGUUGUGUGUUAACACUAAAAUUCGUUUUAUUCCACGGAAAAUUGCCGGAUUUUCGUAUUUUUUUCGGCUUUAAAAGUGGCACAGAACUGUAAUUUUACCCCGAAGUCUUGCGGAUUUCGUGCCGUUUGUUUUAAUGCAGUGCUGACCCAGAUCUGGGGAUAUGAUUUUCACUUUGAACCACUUCCAGUGAUUGCUAGACCCUCUAGACAGUAAUUUAUUGUUUUUAUUAUAUUUCAGAAUUGCAUGACAGACAUGAAGUAAUUGAAAGAAUAUUUCCCGUCAUGAAUAGGCUGUGGUUGCUCUUGAUGAGCUUGGUGUUUAUCGCAGCGGCCAGCAGCAAUACUGACCGAUGUCUAACAGAUUAUCCAGAGGUGAACCCGAAAAAGUACUUCGACUACAAUGGCACGUCGCUGGAGAUCAAGAUCGAAACGUCUGAUCGCAUGACCCACCAAUUGAGCACGUGGGUUUUCUACUAUUUUAUCAAGGAAGUCGUUGGUUACGCGAAGAUUAAAGUGGUUCAUGAACGGGACGACUUCCAAACCAUGGACGUUUUACGUCGGAUGACCGACACAUAUGUUCUGGUAGCCAACACGACCAUCAACUUGGAAGUUUGGAUAUCACCAGACUAUGAUACUUAUGUGACGGACUUGGUGAAGGAAUGCGGUAGCGUGUCGCCGCCUGGACGAUUUGGAUGGUUUAUCCCAAUCAGCAUGACCAAACCGAUCCAGAACUACUUUAAUCCGGACAAUAUGUCCGAUAUCAAGUCGAUUCAUUGGCGGCACUUUCGCGAUCGAAAGUUUGUCGACAAUUUCCACAUUGCCGACAGUCUUUUGGAAAUUCUGCACACUAAAGGCUAUACAAAGCAACGGGACAACCAAGAAUACGUGUGCCCUGCAGCCAAUUGCACGAGGAGUUUAUAUGUGCCCAAACAGUGCGAAUAUGAAAUUUGUGCAGUUUUGCUCACUUCGGAAUGGAGUGCUAUGCAAUUCGUGCUGUUGCACAUUCGGGAAAAUAAUUUAUAUGUGAAGGUUUUAUUUCUGGGGCCGAAUCUGUUGAAUGCGGUCAACUAUCUCAAGGGGACCUCGAAAUUAUUUGCCCCCAAAAGUUUGGUGAUUUUAAGUUGGACGCCCAGCGAUGUGAUCUUAUACGACAGCCAGUUUGUGACUGUUUCCUUUGAAAGUGGCGAGCGAAUGAAGUUCACACAAUUGGACGCUGUGGGGUACAAGUACGAGAUGCAUCGAUUAGUCAAAGUGGCCUGGAACAAAAUGGAAACCUCGGCCAAGCCACUCUAUGAGACGUUGAGAAGUUUCAAGUUCGAGGUUCCUCAGUAUAAAACAUUGAUGGAUAUGUACGAUAAAAACCGCAAUCUCUCCUACAAGAAAAUCGCCUGCAUGUGGAUGAAGCAGUACAAUCACACCUGGCUGGGCUGGCAAACCAGCAAGGAGAAUAUUAUUUAUAUCGGUGGUAUUUUUCCCAUGUCUGGAUCGUCGUACGCCGGCCAAGGCAUUGCACGUGCUUCUGUAAUGGCAAUGAAAGCCAUCAAUGAAAACAGCACCAUUCUCAAUGGAUAUUCGCUGAAAAUCCUCAUCACUGACGGAAUGUGCAGGGCCGAUAACGUUAUGAAAAACUUCAUCGACUUUAUUGUCGAUCAGGAAUACUACAAGAAUUUAGUCGGCGUACUUGGUCCAGCUUGUUCCGACACAGUCGAGCCUCUAGCUGGCGUCUCCAGACAUUAUCGUAUUAUGGUGAUUUCAUACAGUGCAGAGGGCUCCAGCUUUUCCAAUAGGGAGAAAUAUCCUUUCUUCUUUCGGACAAUUGGUGAAAACAAGCACUACAAGUACGUAUACCAGGAACUGUUCAAAUAUUUCAAAUGGAAACGCGUGGCGGCCUUGACUGAAGAUGGUCAAAAGUACACGGAGUACAUUUCGCUGAUGCAGGAUGAGUUGGAGAAAAAUGGCAUCACAUUCAUAGCGAACAAGAAGUUCCCAAGGGAGCGCGAGACUGAACCAAUGACCAGAUACUUAGAGGAUCUGAAGAGCAAAAGAGCGCGCAUAAUUAUCGCCGAUGUCGUAGACGAAAUAGCGCGACAAGUAAUGUGCGAAGCCUACAAAUUGAGCAUGACUGCUAGUGAGGGAUACGUUUGGUUCCUGCCAAUGUGGCUGAACAGUACUUGGUACAACACAGACUACUUCAACACGAAUAAGAACGAAACCGUCAACUGUACAACAGCGGAAAUGAUUAAGGCCAUCACUGGAUAUUUCUCUAUGACGCACGCCUAUUAUGCACCGGACAAUCAGACGAUGCAAGAAAACAAAACAGUGGGCGAAUGGUAUCAAACGUAUCAACAUGCAUCCCCUCCGAACGCUAUGUCUGAUUAUGGUGGUUUUGCCUAUGAUGCCGUUUGGGUGUACGCUUUGGCGCUAGACAAACUCUCCAAAGUUGAUCCCGAAGCUCUUUCCGAUAUCCAUUCAGUGAACACCACUAAUAAAUUGGUGAAAAUGAUCGAGCAAACCGAUUUCUAUGGAGUUUCCGGUCGAAUCAAGUUCCGCGGCGGCCCAUCAAGAUUCUCGAUUAUCAAAAUUCUGCAAUGGUACGAGAACGACACCCAUCUUAUCGGCGAAUUCUACCCAGAUCUUACGGACGAUAAGCCGGAAAUUUUGGGCGGCGAACUGCAGGUGAUCUCGGAAAAGAUCAGAUGGUAUACAAGCGAUGGAAACGUGCCUAAAGACGGCAAGCUACCGCCUCCAGUAUGCGCCAUCGAAGGUAUCGCGCAAAUGUUCAACGUUGAAUGCCAAACGGCGAUGAUCAUCUUGAACGUGAUGGUGGCAAUAUUCUUGGGAAUGACCGUGAUGGGGGUGUGUCUCUACUUAAAGAUCAAGUACGACAUGAGAGUGAAGAGCCAGAAAGAGUACAUGGAGAAACUAGGAAUCAGAUAUGACGAUCAAAAACACACCCCGAAUCUGGAAGCGUUCGAGGUAGCCCAAACUGAUGUUGAUAUCAAUCGCAUAUUAGGCGAAGGAGCGUUUGGCACCGUGUACGGUGGACAAGCUAAAAUUCCAAGUUGCGGAAUAACACCCGUAGCAGUAAAAACCCUUAAAAAAAGCAUGUCCAUCGAUGACCGAAUCGACUUCCUCUCAGAAGCGGACAACAUGAAGAACUUCGACCAUAAAAACGUGAUCAAGCUGCUGGGGGUUGUGACAAAAAGCCUCCCAUUGGCAACCAUCAUGGAAUACUGCUUGUUUGGCGACCUGAAGAACUACCUGCUGGCUCGCAGGCAUUUAGCCAACACGACUAUUGAAGGGUCCGGAGAUGUGACCCCAAAGCGACUUACCAACAUGGCCUUGGACAUUGCUCGAGGACUCAGCUACUUGCGGGAUGCCAAGUUCGUGCAUCGCGACUUAGCGUGCAGGAACUGCAUGGUAAAUGCUCAGAGAAUCGUCAAAAUCGGUGACUUUGGAAUGACACGGCCUAUGAAUUCCUAUGAGUCCUACCACUUGACGCGGAAGGGAAUGCUUCCGGUGCGUUGGAUGGCACCGGAAAGCUUGUUGACCGGAACGUUUACGUCAGCAUCGGAUGUUUGGAGCUUCGGAGUUGUGCUGUACGAGAUCAUCACCUUUGGUUGCACUCCAUUUUACGGAAAAGACAAUACAGUGGUGGUCGAUAUGGUUUUACAGGGAGCGCAACUGGAGAUACCGAAAGGAGCCAAACCACAGCUGGCAGGAUUGAUGAAAUCCUGUUGGUCUCCAGAUCCGAAAGAUCGGCCACUCCCAUCAGCAAUGGUGGAGUAUAUUGCGAACGCACCCAAACUGCUUACCCCAUGCAUGGACAUUCCCGCUCAGUUCAUCAAACUAGGCGAAGAUGAGGACAACAGCAAGGUGCUGAAUACAGGGUUUGGAAUGAGUAAAUUCAACUUUCGAAAAAAGAAAGGCAAAAAAUGGCCGUUCAUAAUACGAUUCAACCGACUCAGAUCGAAGGCGACUCCAAAAAAUUCGAUCACUACAUGCCCAGAUGAAUCAUCUGUAAGUAUUCAAUUAGAAAAUGUCUGUUCUCCAAAAGAGCCCUUGUUGGGCCGCAGCAAAUCAAUCAGUAGUCUAAUGACUUUUGGUAAGUUUAACAUGCAAAACAAUAGGAGGGAUUCCGGAUGUCAGGGCGAAGAUGAGGGCUUUUCCAAUAGCCCGGCCAACAGCUAUAUCAAUAGUAAGUUGUAACUUUAACGAUUGAAACCUGGUGGUAAGCGGGCGAUGUGCGCCCUUGUCUAACAAUGUAAGUCUCUUGAAACAAUUCAGUGGUUUCAAUGCAAAGUAGAUGAUCUUAAUUAGAAAAACGUCGAACUACCUCAACAUAUUUUUCUUGCAUGUGUGCAAACAACACCCUUAUUAUCUCGAUUUACAUUCCUUGACUGAACUCUUGUGAUCUCUACGAUGGGAGUGAGUGCUCUGCAGAUUCUAUUCAGUUUCCCAACUUAUAACAUGGCUUGCACCCCGAUGCCUGUUAGUUCGAACAUAAACCAAACCAUCUGUGGCCAAUAUUUUUCUCUUGAGAACAUUCGGUACUCAGUCAAAUGGAAGUGGAAAAUUAAUUAAUUUUAUUUUAGCAACUUUUUGACGCUCAUCCAGUAGACGGGUCAAUUUCGGAAAGUUGAAAAUUUACCUAAAAUACAGGGGUGUUCAUGCUUUGUCAAGCUCUGGUUGAACAAACGUUUGUUUGUUGAACGUGAUCGAGGGGUUUUCUAUAAACUUAUGAUAUUAGUUUCGUUAAAUUCCAUACAGGGUGAGCGCGAAAAGCAUAGAAAAUAUUAAGCCGUCAAUACAAGUGGGAGAAGGAAAAAUUGCUCGCACACGUCAAUCUUAAUUUGUGUAAUAAAUGAGUACAUUUUGAUACAAAUGUACUUUUUCAUUGUGUCAUUAGUAUCGUAGAUAUCGUCAUACGUUGAUUUUUUAAUGGCAAGGUCUAAUUUUGGUGCUGCCCUUUGAAAAUCAGGGAAUUCUGGAUACAGAACGAUUAAAUGUCCAAAAGGUUUCGGCAGCAAAUUGUUAAUAGCGAACGCGAAAGCCUGCAACUUUUCCCAGUGGUGUUUUUACGAAAAUACGAUUUUCUAAUACUUUUCACUUACUGAAAUACACUGUUCCAUAAGGGUAAUCCACUACCAAAUGGUUUUCUGAUCAUUUCCAUAUGCAGCAAUCCCCAAUUGCCAAAAUACGUCAAACACUUCCCUAACCAAACAAGCCUUUUGAAAUGAAGCUCUUGUAUUUAACGCUAUUGGCACCACUGCAAACUGACAUGCGCGUUCUUAAAUUCAAAGAUGGUUGUCUUUCCCAGAUGAAAACGUCAGCAAAUUCCCUAAUCUCAAAUGAGAUUUUCUCACUGAAAAACACCGCUGCGAUGAAGAAAAUUGCAACAAAAGCGAGAUCACUAGUUUUACUUUGCGAAAUGAGGAAUUUUUCACUUGAGGGUGCAUUUUUUCGGUCUAUUUCAACGAUUUUAUGAGCCGUCCCAAACGCCACCACUUGACCCUAAAACUGAUGACACGAGAACUGAAUCCCCUUGUUGAGGCAUUUGAUUGGUCAGAGCUUUGUUUGACGGGAGAGAAGUUGUCAAAUAAAUAAAUGUUAUAUUCUUGAUAAAUGAACCUUCCAGGGCUGGGCAAAACAGGGGAAUUUCUAGUGUGUUGUUUCAGUAGAAGACAUUUUACGGGCAAAAUCAGCGCUUCAACCAUCCAGGUUUCGAUCUAAAAUGGAGACUGAUAACUCAAUGAAAAUAUACCUAAAAAUAAGUUUUAAAUAUCUAUUUUUGAUUAUAGCAUAGUUUAUAUUUUUAUAGCGUACUAAUGUUGUUUUCCUAAAAUGCUUUCGGGAAUAUUCAAUAUAUCGGAAUAGACUACACCGGGUCAAUUGUUGAUUAAACACCAUCGUACACUGCCAAAUGAGUUUCAAGUACAAUUCAUCAGUCUUCUGGUCUAAUAUUUGAGAUCUGUUGCGUUCCUACCACGCACAAACCGGUGUAAUUAUCAGCGAUUAUAUCAUCAUCAUCAUCACAUCGAAUAUCAUCUUCUAGGUUGUUAAGUUGAGAGCAUGAUGAGUUUUUGGCACCCAAAGCCAGCAUUCGUUUAAUGUUAUCUAGUCAUAGGAUAAUCGCUAUACCUUCAUAACAUCACUAUUCAUCUAGUAGACUAGGUUGUAAGUUUGUUUUUUAGAACAUUAGGCGCAAUUUUUUAAUUCGUGGCGUUAGGCCAAGGUGUAGAUGAAGAUUUUACUUAGUUCUGCGUGUCAUUAGCCAGGUUUAAUGAUUUCACCUGUUCCAUCGCAGUUGAGGCUACGUGAAAUGGUUAAGCUGCAUUUGGAAGUUGUGUAGGCAAUUGCGUUAAAUCAAUUGAAAAUGUCUGUUUAAUUUGUUGUGGAUUCGGGACAGUUUGUCCAGAGUGACUCUGUUCAAGUUCUAAGUGUUUCAAUGUUGAAAAAGUUCACGCAAAAACGCUACCUACCUCCUAUCGACAAUCGGAUUUGCAUACGUUGUACUGGCAAACGGACUUAAUUUGUUUUCCUUCUGUUUUGCGUACAUUUUAAACAGACAUGUUACGGUUACAAUAAAUAUUUCCACGCUACCUUUAUAGACUUAUAUACAUACAUAUAGCCAAUUCGACUGAGGUAUUCUGCCAAUAGCUAAUAUUUAUAUAAUUUUAAGUAAACAUUUUCUAGAUAUUACCGGAUUUUUAAGUGUAGACUAGUUUCUAAUUAGUGCAAUUUACUGAUGUUUCAUUUGUUGGAUACAAAUCUCGCAAGACCAUGACUGUUAUGUUCCUAAGUAUAAAAUAUCAUAGAUUAAUUAACAUGUAUAGUCGAUCAUGCAGAAUAGGAAAUAACGGCAUUUCGCGUGCGAAUCUAAUGUAAUGAAAUGACGGGUAGCUUUGUGCAAUUAGUUGAUAAGUUUUUUUACCAAUUCAAGCAAUUAACGGCGUGCUAAUAAGGAAGUCCAUCGCACCUCAUCAUCUUCUGUAAACGUUUUUUACGUAAAUAUUGAUAAUUUUUGUACCUGACUUAAUAUUAGUACUGUUUGUUAUUUUGAUUUCGUCCAAAUAUUCAAUCACGUAACGUUAAUUUAUUUUGUCAAUAUACUUGAUAAUAAACCAUUUUAUACAUCUGA